UUCCGGGUGAGAGGGGGGACACAUCACUACUGGCGCCUUCUUCGGUCGGACUAACCUCGAAGAAAGACUUUGGACAACCAGGACGGCAGUUUGGGAUCUCUUGCUGAGAAAUGCCCCCCCAAACCAUAAGAAAGGCUUUAGCAGACAUGCUGGAGGACCUGUCACAGCUGGACUUUGAGAAGUUCUGCCGCCAGCUUCUGGACCGCAGAGAAGAGCAGCGGGUCAGACGCAGCAGGGUGGAGAGUAAAAGCUUCUUGGAUAUCGCAGACGUCCUGGUUUCAACUUUUGGCGAGCCUAAUGCUCUUCAGGUGGCUGUGGAGGUAUUGAGACAGAUUGACUGCAACUUGGAUGCAGACAGACUCGUUGAAGAGACAUCUGCACUACUCUCAAAAUCUGGUUCCAGUGACACUGCAAGACCCUCAGCUGGAGCAACUGGUGUAAAUAUCAUGGCAGAUGACAUACACUUUGUGGAUAAACAUAGAACGGCGCUGAUCAAUAGAGUGAGCAACAUUGCACCCAUUCUGGAUGAGCUCGUCGACAAAAAUGUCAUCCAACAAGAGACCUACGAUAGAAUCAGGAUUCUGCCUACCACUCAGGAAAAGAUGAGGGAGCUCUACUCUGGUUGCCUGAAAGCUAGUGGAACCUGCAAAGAUAUCUUCUACAAAAUCCUUGAGGAAAAUGAGAAAUAUCUCAUUGCUGACCUCAAGAAUAAAUAAAUGUUUCAUGUAAUUUCCAUUUUUAGACCAAACAUACACUCUACCUGAACAACAAAAAAUAAUUAUACAUUAAUAACGGGGAUAUAUUAAUGCUAUGUCUCUGUGGAUUUUCUUAAAAAAAUAAAUAAAAAACACUUUUUUCCACUGCAUGUUAAUGUUUAAUCAGAGCUGUUAGCUGCCUCUAGUUUUACUCUUAAAUUGUUUGAAAUUUGUAUGGUGUCUUCCCUACUGUGGUCAGUGAGGCUCAUUUAAUUGCUUCAUUUUGAUGAGAUUUCAUAUACAGUUUAAAACCAGAUUCAGCAAAUGUUUCAGACAAUCAUGUAAGAAAUGAAUAAAGAAUACCACCAGACAUGUAAUGUUUUUAAUCCAACAAAUAAAUUAAAUCAGAGUCUGUUUCUAACUUAAUUACUUUCUUUAAAUUAAAAUGAAUUAUCUGAAUGAUACUUGUGCCAAAUAUGCUAAAAGAUAUCUGGUUUUAUUACUUUUAUUCUGCCCAAUAAGAAUAAGUUUACUUUUGGAGGGUCACUGCAAAUGUUUUCUACUUUAAUAAAAUUUAUAUACAUUUAAUAAAA